CCCUUAUGAGAGAAAAAGCAGGAAGCAGUCAUAGGUCCGUGGUUACUGUUGCUAUGGGCACAUAUCAACAACUCCUACAGUUUGGAGCUAAAGAAGCUAACUUAGUUAACUAGCCAGCUGGGUAGCAUUGUUUAAACAAAUCGCCUGAGUUUGCAUGUUUAUUCAGCUUAGUUACUUUAUGCCGCACCACUGAACGACAUGACUUCAGUUUUACAGCCUCAUAAGGGGGAUCCGAAUGGAACAUACACUUUUUCCAGUCGUCCCCGGCCAGUUCAGAACCGGUCGAAGUACAGGGAACUUGUUGCAGAUCAAGAUGAUGGACCACCUAAUUACGGAAACAUCAUGUACGACCGUCGGGUGGUCAGAGGAAAUACGUAUGCCCAGCAUAUUUUGCCAACGACCUGCCAGCCAGAUCCUGUGGAGAUCCAGAGGCAGCUGGAGGCCCGGAGGAGAACUCAGGCUCGCAAGCGGGCCAAAGAGCACUUCCGGCCAAGAACCCCAGAGCCACUGGAGGGAAGAAAGCACAUGAAUGUCCAGACAGAACUGUACCUGGAGGAACUGGGUGAUCGUGUCGAGGAGUCCAGUGUGGAGUGCCAGACAGAUGCCUUCCUGGACAAGCCUGCCACGCCUCUCUUCAAGCCAGCCAAGACGGGCAGGGACGUGACCACGCAGAUCGAGGAGGGGGAGCUGUUCAACUUUGACAUGGAGGUGCGUCCGCUGCUAGAGGUGCUGGUUGGGAAGACCAUGGAGCAAUCCCUGCUGGAGGUGAUGGAGGAGGAGGAGCUGGCCAGCCUGCGGGGGCAGCAGAGAGCCUUCCUGGAGCUGCGCAACGCCGAGCUGGUGGAGGUGCAGCGUCUGGAGGAGCAGGAGCGGCGCCACCGCGAGGAGAAGGAGCGCCGCCUGCGGCAGCAGCGGGAUGUGCUGGACCGCGAGCGCGAGACGGCGGACAAGAUUGCGGCACGGGCCUUCGCCCAGCAGUACCUGGCUGACUUGGUGCCCUCCGUCUUCAGCUCGCUCCGAGACCACGGCUUCUUCUAUGACCCUGUGGAGAGAGAUCUGGAGACUGACUUCCUUCCGUGGCUGAUGACCGAGGUAUCCGAAGCCUUGGAGAAACACAGUGCGGCUAGAACUGUUCUGGACAUGCUCAUCAAAGAUGUUGCAGGGCAGAGACUGAAGCUCUAUCAGCCCGUGAUGGACUGACCAGUAGAGAGAUGAACAGGAGGGGGCGCUGCUGUCCUGAUCACUCAGAACAGUCUGAAGAUUUUUCAUGAAUGGGCCUAUAUAAUUAUUAAAAGUCUUGAAAGCACGCACGAUAUAUUGUGUGAAUCUGAUUCAAAUAAAAACGAGCUUUGUUCUCGGUU